AUGGCAUCAUCAACUAUAUUCGUGCUGGAUUCAGCGUUCAAGCGGACACAGGUCAAGGUCACACCAGGCACCCAUAUGCGCGAUGUGCUGGAGGAAGCAUGCAAAGCCCGAAAGUGGGAUCCCGAGUCUUAUGCGCUCAAAACACAAACAAACAAGACAGUGGAUCUCUCGCAACCAUUUCGCCUCUCUGGUCUGACCGGCGGCGCAAAGCUCACGUUGAUCCAAGCGAGCCGCUCGCCGAGUGUCGUAACCGUGGCACUGCAACUACCUGAUAGCGAAGGCGGAGGCAGACUGAGUGAUAAGUUCCCCAGUACAACAAGUCUAUGGCUGGUGCUUCGAAAGUAUGAGGAUGCUGUGGCGGGUCAGCCACCGCGGAAGCUGAACCUCACCCAGCGUGGCGUGCCACCUUCACAGUCUGCAGGCCCCGGAAUUCUAGAAUACGAGCAGCCGUGUUUACAUGUGAUGGGCAGAAAUCUGGAGUCCUUUGUUGACUUGCAGAAGACAUUAGCACAGCUAGGCUUGAACUCGGGGAAUGUGCUGAUCCGCUUGAGCUUCAGGAGUGUUGGUCAACCUCUAGAAGAAGCCAUGCAGGAGAUAGAACAGUAUUUCAAAGGAGUGGCCGCUCCUUCCACAGGGAGUAGUGGCUCUGCUGCGCCAGCUGCUCCUGACCUCGGUCGUGAUAGCCCUAUGCCCGACGCCGACGCUCCGCCUGCUUCCAUCGACGAAAGCGAGACUUUCACCGCAUCUUCUACAAAGACCGAUGGCAGCGCCAGUGUUAACACAACUCGCGACAACACCACUACCACUUCAAGUCAUGCAGACUCAGCCACUCAACCUGUCAUCUCAAAAGUUGCCACCCCGGCAUCUGUUCAAGACAGCACGAUACCUGAGAAGGCUACGAGCUCAUUGAAUACCGGCGAGACGAUCACUACUCUGUACAGCACACCCCAGGACGAUGUAGUCACUUCGAACUACGCCAAUACAACGUCCGGAAUCUCAGUCUUCCGGCCUCCCUCCAACAGCGCACCUGCGGCCUCCCUUUACGAAGAAGACCCGCGGACAUUCGAGCCUAGUAUUGAUCAUGCCAAAGCCCAUCAGGCAGCCCUCAUCCGCUCAACCCAAAACAAACGCCUGCCCUCGGACAAGGAGCUGGCCGAGCAAGCCGAAGCACAGCAGGCCGCCCAGGCAGAGAUAAAGACGGUCGUGGUCCGCGUGAAGUAUCCCGACGAGAGUAUGAUCGAAACGAGGAUCACCCCAGCCACCACCGCACAAGAUCUCUACGCACAAGUCAACGAUACACUCGCAUCCGUCGAUGCGAUCGGAAAUUUUCAUCUGAAGCACAGGGGUGACAAGGGGCACGAAGCGCUGCCAAACGUGCCCAACAAGCGGCUGGUCAAAGACUUUGGCUUCAAAGGGAGAGUGCUUGUGACCAUAGUCUGGAAUGAUGGUGCGACUGCGAAGCUCAAAGAGGGUCCUUCAUUGAAGACUGAGCUGAGAAAUGUGGCGCAAGACUUGAAGGUCGAGUUGGGCCAUCAGAGGAAGGAGGGCGAGGCCAGCCACAAGGCUGCUAUGGAUAAGAAGCMCACAGGCGCCGCUGAUACAAAGGCGAGUGGUAAGAACCCCGCCGCUCUCGAAGCAAAGCUUAAAAAGAUGAUGGGUUUUGGUAAGAAGUGA